GGCCAAUUCUGCUAUAUAUACCCGGUUGGCUGGGGUCUAGGAGAUAUCAGUCUAGUACUUGAGAACCAACCGUUCACAACCAACCCAAAACAGCCAACAUGUUCAAAUACUUCGCUCUCUGCCUGUUCGCCAUCGUGGCUUCUGUGGCUGCCAAGCCGGCGGUGGUUGCUGCCCCACUGGCCUACAGCGCCUACUCCGCUCCCUACGUGGCCGCUUCUCCUUACUCCGCUGCCUACACCGCUGCUUACACCGCUCCAGUGGCCGCCGCCUACUCCGCCUACUCGUACCCCUAUGCGUCCGCCUACUCCGCUUACCCCUACGCCGCCUACUACCGCUAACUGGAUGAAUAGAUGUGAUCCUAACCUGACUACUGAACUGGACCUCAACACAUAUACCUAUUGCAACAAGGAUACGUUCCUGGUAACCACCUACACCAUUCCAGCGCUAUCUUCCCACAUCCCUGGUAUUAGUUCGGCAGACUCUACUUUUCCACCUCUGCCGACUGCUGAAAGUUAAGUCAUGGGAACAGGACCUACCACAUAAAGAAAGGGCAUAUU